GCAAGAGUGGUAAAAUAGGAUGGGGUAUUUUGGGCAAAUGGAGAGGGGUAACACCCUGUGCCGGAGCCUGGGUACCGCACUCGCGACGGUUGAGCUGCGCUUGAGGAGAGGGUGGCACUUACUCUGCACUAUGUUAGCAGCAGACCAAGAUCCGAUGUGGCUUCUGGGUGACGCGGAAGCAAGAACCCGAAAAGAGGGAAAGAGGUUUGCCAACAAAGGAUGGGACGAAGUCAGUAGUAGGGUUGUGAUGGGAGGAUGGAAGGAACUCAAGUCUCCCGGCCUGCGAACGAUAGCUUGGGUACCUGAGUUUGUGGCCGAUUGGUUUGUGGGUUUCAACCACAUUUUAGAGGUGGCCGACUCCAUGAGAGGGACGCAUAUAGAGUGUGACUGGCUGACUGAGGAAUUUUAUAGGAUCUCGUUGAAGUACGGACCCUUCUACGGCGAUAAAGCCUGGGAAGUUGUCACCAUCCUGAGAAUAGAUCUAGGCAAAAUGGCGACGAAAGAUGAGAUAGAUAAUCGUAGGAGCGAGGGAGGACCAGGCUUAAUCCCUCCGGUCAGGAUCCACACAGUAGAGCAUGAAUGUUGGAAUGACAAAGUACCGUCCUAUGAAUUCGGGAUAGCAGGGGAAGGGACAGACCUUCUCCGAGCGAAAAUGGACUCCUUCGUCGCAGAGCCUACCGCGUCGCCAUAUGCAAAUAGGUGGUUCGUCUUUCGGAAACCCAACAAGAUGCUGAGGUGGAUUCAAGACCUGCAAAAGUUGAAUGCGGUAACCAUCUGGGAUGCCGGGUCGCUACCACAGGCUGACUUACUAGCAGAAUCCCACGCCGGCCGGAGCAUUUACUCCCUGGUAGACUUGUAUUUCGGGUACGAUCAGCUCCCGUUGGAUGCUCGGGACAGACCAUACACCGCGAUGCAUACUCCCGUAGGACAAUUGCAGAUGCAGGUGACCCCUAUGGGCUUUACGAACGCAGUAGCCAAAGCGCAAAGGAGGAUGCUCGUCGUAGCCGGAGACAUGUUUCCAGAGAAAUGUCAACCCUACAUCGACGACAAUUCGAUCAAAGGCGCCCAAGAGAAGGACGAGACCGAAAUCCAGCCAGGAAAUCGAAAAAUUGUGUGGGAUCACCUAAAGGACAUCAAGGACUUACUCCAUCGAUUUCUGGUAUACAACAUCACGGCUAGUGGGUCAAAGAGUAUUAUGGCAGUACCAGAAAUGACCAUACUGGGAUUCCACUGUGGCGCAUAUGGAAGAAAGUCGGACCCAGCAAAGACCGACAAAGUAUCACAGUGGCCUACUCCCCUACGCACGACUACGGAGGUAAGAGCGUUUUUAGGCGUGGUCGGCUUCUGGAGGAUUUUUAUUAAAAACUUUGUCAAGAUUGUCGAGCCUAUCCACACCAUGAUCAGAGAAGAAGGAACCAUGGAUUGGACCGAGGAGCGAGCGGGAGCCGUCCAAACCCUCAAGAACAUACUGACAUCGGAGCAAGUCACUCUGGCAGCACCGUGUUUUAACGACGAGGUUGAACGGCCGUUUAUUCUAGAGACGGACGGAGGGCCUUUGGCCGUAGGGGGUGUCUUGAUUCAAAAGGAUGAGGGAGGAAAAAAGCGGCCAAUUAGGUUCGAGAGUAGAACCCUGAACUCAUCAGAACGACGAUACUCGCGGUUAAAGAAAGAGGUCCUAGCCAUUUUGCAUUGCCUCAAGACCUUCCAAGCCUACCUAUUCGGGAGGCGGUUCAUCCUAAGAAUCGAUCCAACCAACGUCGCGGCGGCUUUGAAGAAUUAUAAGCCUAUAGUCCCGACAGUUGGGAGAUGGGUAGGAUUCAUCUGGCAAUUCGAUUACAAGAUCGAGCGAAUUGUUGGACUCAAAAACAAGGUCACUGGGCUAAGUCGGGUCUGCAUCACACCCGAAGGGGUGAAGGAUGCAGAGCCCAUAGACGCGUUCCUUGAAUACGAAGGGGGAACCCUUGCGAUGGAUAACGAAAUAAUGGGCGAAGGAUGCGCGUCAGGAGAACUGUUGAUCCGGACUUUGGAAAAAGGGGCACCUGCCAUAGUAGCGGAACUUAGGGAAGGGUCAGUCACCGCUCAAGGACGCAAGGCGGAGAAGGAUUCGUGGGGAGCGAUAGUAGGACCGAAGGAGGAAUUAAUAGCAAUCGCGGUUGAGGGAGGUCGGGAAGCCGUGAUGAGCCUAGUGGAGUAUAUCCUGGAUAUGCAAGACAAGUUGAGUGGGUUCGUGGAGGCGGUCGGUCUCAAGAAAAAGACUGGGAGAAGCGUAGCAAAUUGGACAGAGGAUUUCUACCUGAGGCAUCCCUUCAUCAAGAGGUUUAUAGCAGACAACGGAACAGAGUUUGUGAACCACGAAGUGUUGGGAAUGCUUAAAAGGCUCUGCGUACCUAUCAAGCUCAUCGAACCAUAUCACCCGGAGGCCAAUGCACCUGUGGAAAGGGGGCACCAAACCCUGAAGAACACGGUUGUGAAGCUCGCGGCAGACAAUCUGGGGAGUUGGCUUAAAUACCUUAACCAGGCUGUCUUCUCGGAGAACAUGACACCUAAGAGGACAAUGGGGUGUAUCCCGACGGAACUUUGGCACGGAAGAGAGAUCGAUUUUCCCGUGGAGGCCUUGAUACCUACCUAGAACAGGAUCAGGGGAGAAGCCUUGGAAGAGCAAAAGAAAUGAAAUUCGACAACGAGA